ACCAGAUUCAAUAACCCCUCGAUCAACCCAGUAGGCUCAGCCGUGCACCUUGGUUGAUAAUCUGACGGGCACCAAGCUCUACUUAACGUCCCCAGGAUAAAUUGAAUGCGAUUGUGAUCUGAUUUCUGAAUUGCGACUGGGGUGAGCUGUGUCGCUGAGUUCAGAGAUGGCAUCAGAGGAUGAGACACCCCCACCGACAUCAGCAGUCCUCAUGUCUAUCUCGAAGCACUUGGCUGCUCGAUGCUCGAAGCAAAGCAAAGUUUUCGUAGAGUGCAAAAGGAAUGACAAAAAUCCCGAAGCAUGCCUCAAGGAAGGGGACGCUGUGACCUCAUGUGCUAUUGAAACGUUGAAACUAGCUCAGGAGAAGGCGCCAGAGGAGUUCAAGGCCUUCUAUGAGUGCAUGGACUAUUACAGCAACAAAUUUGAGAAGUGCCGCAAGGAGCAGAAGGCAUUCGAGGCAGCCUUUCCAGUUUCAUGAUGCUUUGCAAUGCCGACAGGCCAGGUUACAGGCGCAUUUUGUCCUUCUAGAAUUUUGCACUGCUAGUACUGCCGAAGUGCAGCUCAGAGAUCCUCAGAUCCAGAUGCCAGCUUAGACAGUAGCGAGUGUAAAGCUGUUGACCAAGCACUUGAAAGGCUAGAGACAUCUGUAAAAUCGUAAUUCUCCGUGAUUAGCAAUUGAGACACCUUGAAGCGAUGGGUCAGUGAGAUGGGAGUCCAUGUGGAGUCAUACUGCAGACUCUGAGGCCGGCACGGUGGAGCUAUCAUGAUGCUGAUCAGCAUCAGCGAUACUUCCUGCCACCUGACUCACUGGCCUGCUUACCACAGACGAAAAAUACAUCCUUUCUUAUGUAUUGCCGCAAGAAUUAACUUAUGUUCAAUUCAAUGCCUGGGGGAUUAUUUUAUUGUUGUCAAAUGACGUGCACUCGCGAGGCAGCCCUUUUUCCUAUCUCCUGGCGCUCGCUCUGCCUUGAUGUCUGCAUACCUCUUUCUCUAAUUCAAUGCCUGCGGCUUCAAAGACACCACUGCGUUGCUCCUGCUUUGCUCUGUUUCCCUGAGCUUAAUUUGAGCUAUAGCUUUGAGUAAUCUUGCUAAGCUAUAGCAAGAUUCCAAUCAACCUGAAAGUUGCACACUGGCAGUUGAAAGUGUAAACAUGUGCCAGAC